AUGUCGACCGCCGAAGAGCUUCUGCGCGACUUUGAGGAUGACGAGGACUUCGAUGUCGGCGAAGGCGAGGAAGUCGACGAAGAGCCCGAGCAACAGGAAGACUCUAGAGAAGGCGCCGGGGUCUCCAAUGAAUUCGACCGUUCUAUUUCUACAGCUGACGAACUGACACGGCUGCACAAAGUCCUGCGCGACCAUUACUCCGUCCGAUUCCCCGAGCUCGAAAGACUCGUUACCACUCCCAUCCAAUACGCCAAGACAGUCGCUAUCAUUAAAAAUGGCCCUUUCAACGACAUCAAGACAUUGUCCACAUCCUCGGAGAACAUGGUUGGCGUCCCGCUCAAAUCUGUCUUGAACGGACCCUCCCUGAUGGCAGUUGCGAUGGAAGCAACUAUUACCAAAGGUCGAGAGAUGACUGAUUCCGAGCUCAAGGUCGUUCUCGAUACCUGCGAGAGGAUUUUGAAACUCGACCAAGAGCGUAUUGCUCUUACCGCCAGCAUUCAGUCUCGCAUGAACCAGAUUGCCCCUAACCUAGCAGCACUUAUCGGAGCCGAAACAGCUGCACAAUUCCUCAACCAAACAGGCGGCUUGCUUGAACUAGCUAAGAUCCCUGCCUGCAAUUUGGGCGCACAAGGAUCACGCAGAUCAGAAGGACUGGGCUUCGCGACUAAUCAUGGCGUCAGAGCGAAAGGUUUCCUCUACGACUCGCCACUUCUGGAAGAUGUUCCUGAAGAUCUUAAAAAACAAGGAAUUCGAAUUGUUGCCGCCAAGAUGGUACUCGCUGCCCGCGCGGAUGUCUCCAACUACGCUAAGGAUGGCUCUCUGGGUGAAGAACUGAAGCAACAAUGCUUCACGCGACUGGAGAAAUUGACUGAGAAUUCUGCACCAAACGCCGGUACCAAGGCUCUCCCCGCGCCCGAUGACAAACCUUCCAGAAAGCGAGGUGGUUGGCGCGCCCGAAAGGCCAAGGAAGCUGUCGCCAUGACGGAACUACGCAAGGCACAGAAUCGUCUUGCAUUCGGCAAGGAGGAGUCGGAGGUGGGUUACGGCACGGGUUCUGGAACCGUUGGAUUGGGUAUGUUGGGACAACAGGACGAUGGUCGCAUCCGUGCAACUCAGAUCGACCAGCGCACUCGUGCCCGACUUAGCAAGAACAACAAGGGCUGGGGCACAACUACCCCCGCCAGUGGUACUGCCUCGUCGGCGCGAGGUCUUCGUGCAUCUGGUGUCGGAUCGUCUCUACCUGGCGCUGCUGGUACCUCGAGUACUAUUGCAUUUACACCCGUUCAGGGUCUGGAGCUAGUCGAUCCAAAGGUGCAAGCGGAACUAAAGCGCAAACGCGACGCCGAGGAAAAUCGGUGGUUCAAGUCUGGAACUUUCACUCAAGCUCCUCACCAGAAUCCUGUUCCUCCCCAGAGUGGCGAGAAUGGUGGUUUCAAGGUGCCUGCUAUCCCACUCAAGCGGAAGGCUGAUACAAGCGAGGGCAAGAUGGGCCCCCCACCUAAGCGUUAA